CUCCUUUCCUGCCGGCCUCUCAGCAGAGGAUGUGUCUGGAGAGAGAGUGUAUGUGUGUGAGAGAGAGAAAAAGAGGAAAGCCUUCAGUAGAAUGGAUAUGUGCCUUCUCUCCUCCACCCUUUCUUCUCCUUCUCCUUCUUCUGCUUCCUCCUCUCCUCUUCCUCAUCAGUGUCUUCCUUCACUGUCUUCCAUCAGAUCUGCGCCCUGGGCACCUUCAGCACCGGCCCUCAGGGGAAAAGGAGACUCGUCGGGUGGAUGGGCGGCUAAAAACUGAACUCCAAUGUCAGCUGGGGAUCAGAAGAAUGGUGGUGACAAACCAGAAGACAUGGUGCCACAGCCUGAGGUGUGGCCUGAGGUGGAGAGGGCAGAGUGUUUGGCCCGCGGCGCUGCCCUGAAGUGGGCGUCGGGUGUUUUCUGUCGGCCUGAACAUCUGGAGCGACUCAGUCAAUACAGGAAGAGAGAAAGUCAGAGGACAGCGUCCGUUCACACCAGACUGAAGUCCAUGGUCCAGUCGUACCUGGAGGGAGUGGGCUGGGGUCUGGAGCAGCUCCGCGAGGCCCGGACUGAGCUGAGGGAAGUGUCAAGUGAUUUGAAGAAAGCUGGACUGGAGUCUGAUCAAAACACAGAGGGGGGAAGAUCUCUGGAGAGACUGAGAGAGGUGUCUGCAAACCACAGUCAGCUCCUCGCUGCCGUUAGCAACCUGCCACAACUUUACUCCGUGCGUAGCAUGGUGAUGGAGACAGAGCGCCUGGUGGAGUCCCGGCGGCUGUUAGAGGCCCAUGCCAAGCUGAUGGAUCUGGAGUACUUGCAGGAUGAUAUUCUAUGGCAGCUCAACAAGGCCGCAGGAGGUGCACUCAGCACUGAAGACCAGGAAGUGGUGGCCAAAUAUUUCUCUGGAGUCCGGCACCUGGUUGAUGCACUGGGGAAGGAGCUGUGGGCGGUGGUGAGCAGUGCUCUGGCUCUGGCCCGACAAAACCCCACGCCGUUUGUAUCCGCUGUCAGGAUUGUGGAGCGGGAGGAGGCGCUGGACCAAACUCUGCUGGAGGAGAGGGGAGGCGGCGGAGGCAACAGCAGGCCCCUACCCGCUGGACGACCUCGCUGCUGGAGAGCGUGCUUCUUCAAGGUACUAGAGGAGGCGGUGGCGGCGCGGUUUCGCAGUGUUUCCUAUCUGCACACACGUGGUCCGGGUCUGGCAGGUCACCUCUCUGCACUGCAGCACGGCAUCAUGGCCGACCUGGCCACCGUACGCCACCUGCUGGAGCACUGCGUCCCGCAACAAUACAAGCUGACUGGAGCCUACUUGAGGGCCAGCCACCGCUGUUUACAUGCCCACCUGACACAGGUUAGCAGCUGGGACCUGGAGAGCGGUGAAAUCUUCGCUGUGCUCAACUGGGUGCUGCACAUCUACAACAGCCCGGACAUGAUGGGUCAUCCUGAGCUGGUGACGGAGAUGGAGAGAGAAGAGCUGAGGCCUCUAAUCUCCACAGAGGGACUCGAGCAGCUGCAGAGCAAAUACGUGCAGAGUGUUCGGAAGAGUGUAUCUGAAUGGAUGCACAAAGCUCUGCAGGUGGAGCUGCAGGACUGGCAGAGGGACCAGGAGCCAGAUACAGACCAUGAGGGCUUCUACCAAACAAGCCUGCCCACAAUCAUCACACAGAUGCUGGAGGAGAACGCCCGGGUGGCUCUGAUGAUCGGCGAGUCCCUGCGAGAUCAGACUAUACAGAUGGGACUGUAUGAGAUGGAGAACCUCCUGAACAGGUUUCGUGAAGCUCUGGUGGAAUUCGGAAAGGAGCAUCGCAGGGAUCUGAGCAACAGCAAAAAUAAGUUCUACCUCCACUAUCUGCUGGCCUCCAUCAGCAACUGCAUCAUCCUCAAGAAGUCCACGGAGAGCCUGCAGCAGCAGCAGUCGUCCCAGUCGGCAGGCCAGUUCACUCGCACUCCUCCUAACCCUCUGGCAGCUCUGGACCGGGCGGUGCGGAGGGCGUGCCGGCUUGUCAUGGAUCAGCUCUUGCUGGAUUUGAAGCCUUUCCUCCCAGGCCUGCUCACCCGACCCUGGCUGGCUCAGGGAGACCCGACCCCCAAACUUUGCCGCGUCCUGGAGCGUCACCUGGAGCUGUACUUGCGCGUUCGACCUCCCUGCCGGCAGCGUCUGCAGGAAGAGGCCCAGUGGCUGAUGGUGGUGGAGUACGUCAGGGCUCUGAUGCAGAAGAGGCUGGUGUGUCGUAGUGGCGAGGAGAGGAGGCAGCUGGCUCAGCAGAUGCUUCAGGACGACCAGCUGUUCAGAGAAAUCUUCCACAGCCUGCAGGAAGGUGAAGGGUCAGCACCUGAAGUGAACCCUUUGGCCUUACUCCCUGUCCUGGCUGAAUUCAUCCGCCUCAAAGACCCCAACAUGCUCACACUGGAGGUGUCUGGACUUGCAGCCAAAUAUCCUGACAUCAGUGAGGAGCACGUGUCCGUGCUGCUGGAAAUCCGAGGCGACGUCUCCCGGGACAUCAAAGGGGCUGUACUGGAUUUGCUGGAGCAGAGCGCUCCCCCUCUUCCCGUCGGAUACCGACCCAUCUUCACUGACAUCCUGGUGCCUCCCUCCACCAUGGCCUUCUGCCUGCCAACUGCCAAGUGUGCAUAGCUGCAGGGGUUUCGUGUAAAAAGCAGGGAGCUCCUAAAUAAACACUUAGAAACAGUGCUGAGCAGAGUCUCCAGCUCUCCUUAUUUAUUCAAGAUCUCGGUGAUGCACAUGAAUUUAUUUCUCCUCCAGCUUACCAGGGGUUUGAGGUGGCGACUUGCUGGUCCAGGUCUAAUGUCAGCUGCGAGGCAGGGGUUGUUUUGUUUGCCUUAAGUCUUCUAUACUUCCAGAAGUCGCUGUCAGAGUUUUCUGCAGUUUAUACAACAGAGUUAACAGGACGUGGAUGAUUUUUAAAGUCCGGUAACAGGACUAUUGUGCACUUCAUACACUCUCUGUAGCCCCAUUUGGAUGGAAUUUAUUUCUCUUUGGCAGGUUGGGUGAUUUUAUUAUCAGUCCACACCAUAUAUGACUUAUUUUUCUCUGGGGAUUAUAUUAUGAUCAAAGUGAAAAAGUAUUCAGCUUCAGGUAAGUAACCUGUUCUCUGAACUCUGUUUUCCACUUUCUCAAACUGUCACAUUAACAGCGACCAGACGCCCUGUAGUUCUGUUAUUUCUAAGCAAAUGAUAGAAGAUAAAUAAAUGUGUUCAUCUAUUAACAUUUACUUAUUUUUUAAAUCUUUUUCCUACCUGAAUGUUCGUGUCCAUUACAAUGAGAGCGAAUUACUAAAGGUAAAGAAAUACAAACAGAGAAACUGAGCGACUGGGUAAAGCAAGAAGAAAUCCUGAGAUUAAAGUCAUACAAUUCUGAGAAACACACAUGUAUGAUUUGUGGGGAAAAAAUUAUAUCAACACAAGAAAGAAAAGGAAAACAGAAUUUUUAUGAUGGGAAAAACAUCUAAUUUAACAAUUUCCAAGUAAAAUGUAGGUAAAAUUUAUAUCUUUCAAUUUGUUUAAAUAUCUUUAAAAGGAAAUGUUAGAACACAAGCAACAGCUUUCCAGUCAUUAAGAGAAACAACAAACUACGUUUCAAAAGGAGUUUAAAUACUGUGAUUUUCCCUUAACCUUCAGUAGUCUCGAUACGCUGUCAUAUUUUCACAGACUUUAAAAAGCUGUUGAUGUUAUUCGUGUCCAAAUGGGACUUUUGGUUCAGGUUUAAAGUGACAAACAGCACAAACAGGCCUGCACGCUGCCUUCGUUCUUCUUCAUUACCCACCAUGUUACUGGUUAAACGUUAUUUCUGCUUCCUGUCACUUUAAAGAGUCAGCGCUGAGCAUUGCUUUGACCUGCAUGAGUAAAAUCUCACAUCAGCAUAAACGUUUCUAUGUGAAACAAACAAUCUGCCUGGAUAAACUGCACCAAAGUUUUUUGAUCAUUUCUUUGUGAGAAAACAUUUUUAAGACUCAAAAUGCUGCAUAUUAGAUUUCUUUAUAUAAACUAAAAACUUCCUACUGAAAAAAAGACACUUUUAAACUUUUUUUGUGGAGAUUUUCAUCUGAUUUGAGGGAAGACAGAGGUUAUGGGACAGAUUUAUGAUAUUGGUGGGCUUCAAACAUAAAAAUGCUUUGAGUUGAGUUUGAAUUAAAUUGGCUGUGCAGCAUGCAUAUACACAUUAAUGCAGCGUGGGUGUUUGGCAGGGUUUGCUCCCCGCUGAGUCAAAGUUACUAUGGUAAAAUAGAUAAAAGGUGUAGUAGAAAUUCAGAUAAAGCAUAACUCUUAUGUAAUGUAUAUUGAAAACCAAAGCUUUCAAAAUGAAAGAAAAAGACAUGAAAUAAUAAUCAUAGAGAAAGUGCA